AUGCAGACAAGAGACGCAAGUCAGAGAUGCACACGCAAAAAAGGGCGUCGGGAAUGCGAACCAAGGAAGAAAGAAUCCCGAGAACAAACAAAGAGCAAGAGAACCAAGGGAGGAAAUGUAGCCAAGGGACUGAGCGACAGAAAUGUAAUCCGACGCGAAAAUCGGAAAUGUGGAGCGAAUGUAAUCAACGCCAAAAUCGGAAAUGUGGAGCGAAUGUUCAACGCCAAAAUCGGAAAUAUGGAGCGAAUGUUCAACGCCAAAAUCGGAAAUGUGGAGCGAAUGUUCAACGCGAAAGUCGGAAAUGUGGAGCGAAUGUUCAACGCCAAAAUCGGAAAUGUGGAGCGAAUCAAGGAUCCACGCAAAAAUCUGAAACCUGAAGCAACGGAUCCACGCGAAAAUCUGAAACCUGAAGCAACUGAUCCACGCGAAAACCUAAAAUCAAAAGCAACGGAUCCACACGAAAAUCUGAAACCUGAAGCAACUGAUCCACGCGAAAAUCUGAAACCUGAAGCAACGGAUCCACGCGAAAAUCUGAAACCUGAAGCAACGGAUCCACACGAAAAUCUGAAACCUGAAGCAACUGAUCCACGCGAAAAUCUGAAACCUGAAGCAACGGAUCCACGCAAAAAUCUGAAACCUGAAGCAACGGAUCCACGCAAAAAUCUGAAACCUGAAGCAAUGGAUCCGCGCGAAAAUCUGAAACCUGAAGCAACGGAUCCACGCAAAAAUCUGAAAUCUAAUGCAAAUAAUCCACGCGAAAAUCUGAAACCUGAAGCAACGGAUCCACGCGAAAAUCUGAAACCUGAAGCAACGGAUUCGCGCGAAAAUCUGAAACCUGAAGCAACGGAUCCGCGCGAAAAUCUGAAACCUGAAGCAACGGAUCCGCGCGAAAAUCUGAAACCUGAAGCAACGGAUCCACGCGAAAAUCUGAAACCUGAAGCAACGGAUCCGCGCGGAAAUCUGAAACCUGAAGCAACGGAUCUGCGCGAAAAUCUGAAACCUGAAGCAACGGAUCCACGCGAAAAUCUGAAACCUGAAGCAACGGAUCCGCGCGAAAAUCUGAAACCUGAAGCAACUGAUCCACGCGAAAAUCUGAAACCUGAAGCAACGGAUCCGCGCGAAAAUCUAAAACCUGAAGCAACGGAUCCGCGCGAAAAUCUGAAACCUGAAGCAACGGAUCCACGCGAAAAUCUGAAACCUGAAGCAACGGAUCCGCGCGAAAAUCUGAAACCUGAAGCAACGGAUCCGCGCGAAAAUCUGAAACCUGAAGCAACGGAUCCCAACGGAUCCGCCGGAAAUCUGAAACCUGAAGCAACGGAUCCGCGCGAAAAUCUGAAACCUGAAGCAACGGAUCCACACGAAAAUCUGAAACCUGAAGCAACGGAUCCGUGCAAAAAUCUGAAACCUGAAGCAACGGAUCCGCGCGAAAAUCUGAAACCUGAAGCAACGGAUCCGCGCAAAAAUCUGAAACCUGAAGCAACGGAUCCGCGCGAAAACCUAAAAUCAAAAGCAACGGAUCCGCGCGAAAAUCUGAAACCUGAAGCAACGGAUCCGUGCAAAAAUCUGAAACCUGAAGCAACGGAUCCGCGCGAAAAUCUGAAACCUGAAGCAACGGAUCCGCGCGAAAAUCUGAAACCUGAAGCAACGGAUCCGCGCGAAAACCUAAAAUCAAAACCAACGGAUCCACGCAAAAAUCUGAAACCUGAAGCAACGGAUCCGCGCGAAAAUCUGAAACCUGAAGCAACGGAUCCGCGCGAAAAUCUGAAACGUGAAGUAGCUCAGCCAAUCCUUCAAAAGGAUAGGGAUGAGGAGGUCGAGGCUUCAGGAGAGGAUGUUAUCCCAAAGGAGGUCAAAAAGGACCCAGCAGCAUCCACCGAUCCAGAGGGUCGGCAGAAGGCCAGACGAGGUGCCUGGAAGAAUCCCGCGCUUCCAGCGGAGUGCGGGCGAGCCAGAAGGAAGGAGAGGAUUAGAGACAUGCCGCAGGUGGGGGCAAGGCACCGCCAGAGCCGCGGCAGGACCGAAAAAGGUCCCAAGUCCAGAGUAAAGGAGGAACUUUCUCCGGAAUUCCACAAGGAAGUAUCGAAGUGCAAAGUUUCCCUGAAGAUCCAACUUUUAAAGUCUCUCCAGCAGUCUGCAACCAAUAACAUUGUCCAGUUAAUAGAGAUUAUGGCAUCUUAA